AUGGGCGCGCUGUGCGACCUGAUCAAGGCGGCCAACGUGUACCUGGCCAAGCGGCAGGACGCGGCGGGCCCCAUCCCCCAGCCCUUCCUGCUGCGCAGCGCCGCCGCCUACGUCACCCGCAUCCUGUCCGUCUUUGGGCUGGCCGCCGCGCCCGGCGACUUCCUGGGCUUUGCCGACGCGGCGGCGGGCGCGGCCUGCGGCGGCACGGAAGCAGUGCUGGACGCCUUCAGCGCGUUUAGGGACAAGGUGCGGGGCAUGGCCAAAGCCAAAGCGCCCGCGGCAGAGCUGCAGGCCGCCUGCCGCGGCGUGCCGGAUGGCGAGACAGCCAAGGCGGGCAGCAGCGGGCGGGCGGCAGACAUGCUGGCAGCCUUUGCGGCGUUCCAGCGGGACAUUGCGGCGCUAGCGGCGGCCGGCGCGCCACCUGGGAAGGUCCUGGCAGCCUGCGACAGCGUGCGUGACGACACGCUGGUGGAGCUGGGAAUCCGGCUGGAGGACAGGCCCGACGGCAGCAGCGUGUGGAAGCCCGAGGAGCCCGCGGUGCUGCGGGGGGAGCAGGAGGAGCGCCGGCGCGUGGCGGCCGAGGCGCGCGGCAAGAAGCUGCGCUCUCAGCUGGACGCCAAGCGCAAGGAGCUGGAGAAGUUUGAGAAGCUGGCGGCGCUGCCCAGCGUGCAGCAAGCGCUGGCUGACAAGUUCUCGCGGUGGGACGCAGCCAGCGGGGAGCCCACCCACGACAAGGAGGGCGCUGCCCUGGAGGGCAAGGCGCUGGACAAGGCGCGCAAGGAGGUGGAGAAGCAGCGCAAGGUGCGCGCCCCGCUGGAGAAGAAGCUGGCUGAGGAGCCCGGGUUCAUGGCUGGGCUGGCGGCUGACGUGGCGGCGCUGGGCGCUGAGCUGGCGGCGCUGGGCGCGGCCGAGAACGGCGGCACGGCCUGAGGCCCCACCGAGCGGAGCAAGGCCGCCGAGCACUCAGAGCUGCCUUGAACUCAACUCAACACACACUGCACUUGCGCACUGACCGCACUGGACAGCGUUUACCUGUGUUGCCCCUUGCGGGGCAAGAACUUGAGCAGGCCGAGGCCGUGUAUUGUCGUUGCCAGGC